GCUGGUGGAGAGGCUAGGCAGUGGCACAAAAAUUGAUUUUUUAAUGGCUGCCGCUCCGUCAAAAUAAAAACUGGACUUCCCGGAGAAUCGGACCGAGAGCUGGUGAUCUGACCCUUGGACCCGACUGACAUGGGCUACGGCAGCCGGUCGCCGAGUCCGCGGCGCCGCGAACGCGACCGCGACCGCCGGAAGCGCGGCAGAUCGCGCGACCGAGGUGAGCGCCGACGCAGGUCCAGAUCGAGGGAGAGGUCACGUUCCAGAGACAGAGACAGGUCUAGGGAAAGGGACAGGUCGAGAGAACGCGACAGGACCCGCUCCAGAGACAGGGACCGAGAAUACAGCCGCCGAAGGUCGAGGUCCAAGUCGCCGCCACCAGCGAGAAGCAAGGCUAAGAAGCAGGGAGAACGGCCUGAGGUCACAGAGAAAGACUUGGAAGGAAAGAGCCCAGAAGAAAUCGAGAUGAUGAAGACAAUGGGCUUCUGUUCAUUCGACACAACCAAGGGCAAGCAAGUGACGGAAAAGGAUCCAGGAGCUGUGCACGUGAUCUUGAAGAGAAAAUACCGCCAGUACAUGAACAGAAAGGGUGGAUUCAACCGUCCACUGGACUUUGUAGCGUGAGCCAACACUGUGUUUGGAAAUUGAACUGAUACGCUGCUUCCGCGCACUUAAAAGUGUCGAUUUUUGUCUUCGGGUCAGGAUAGUUGUUUACCUCAAGCAGAUGCCUUCUUCAAAAUUUACUGACAAGGGAAAUGGGGAUUCAAUUUUCAGCUAAUUAACUCCAUAUUAUACCUCCAUCUCAUCAGGGAUAUCACACAAACUGUAAUACCUCUUGUAUCAAAACAGCAACUAACACUCUUCAUGUUGUGUUAAUAAAGAAAAAUACAAUCAAUUAAAAAAAAUUA